AUUAAAUAGCUUGGUGGAGAAAGAUAUAUUACAAAAUUGCAUAUUUUCUUCUACAAUUUUAAAAGAAUAUCUGAAAUACACACAUGGCCCUAAUCCUAAACUUAGCAAUUAGCAACUUAGCAAUGCUAAUAAAAAAGCUAAGUCUCCGAGACGAGUCUACAGUUUUUUCAAAAAUAAAUCAACUACGAAGCUGUUUAAUAUCAUUUAAAAGUGUGGACUGAAAUUAAAAGCAGUUCAAAAUUAGUCCCGUUUCCAAAUGAAGGCUGGUAAUUCAUUCAUUCCCAGCCGGACUUUGACGUCACUAAAUGGGCCGCGUCUCUUUAAGAAGCUACUUGUUAAUAAUUAUCUGUGCCGAGUGUUAACGAGACGCCUGAGCCGCCGUUAAAUGUUUCCUUUAAAUUUCCCGGAGCUGCUGCGGAACAGUGGACCUCCUCCUCCCUCUCCUCCUCCUCUUCCUCCCCUCACAGUCCCGCGGAGCCGCGCGGGAGCAGCAGCAGUCUCCACGGGACACCGACGACGCGCAUCCCCGCACUGGUUUAUCCGCUUUGUAUUCUCUCUCUUCUGCGCCACUUUUGUCCACCGAAACUUUCACCUAUGCUUCGUGAACAUGGGGUCAUGUUGUGGUUUCUCUGGUGGAAACAUCGCUGUGGUGAUGCUCCUGCUGCUGGACGGAGUGGCCGGAGUCUACUUCCCUCAGAAUGAGUACACGGAAACGGUGUAUGUGGGGCAGCUGGCUGGAACCCCCAUCCUGCAGAUCCACGCCAUGCUGGACAGCGAGCGUGAGCGGCCGCACUUCUACCUGUGCUGGUCCAACUCGCUGAAGAGACUGCCCUACGUCUCCUGGUUCCAGAUGGAUGUCAACACUGGAACACUUUACCUGAAUAAGACCCUGGAGGAGAGUGACUUUACCCUGCGCUCUCCAAAGCGGCCUGUGAAGAAACUGCUGCUCCACGCUAUGAUUCUAAACGGCAUCGCCAGGAACUCGCUGUGCAUCAACAGAAGCCCGCUGAAGAUCACCCUGGACUUCGUCAACGCCACCAUGCCGACAUGCGCUCAGACGGACAUGAAGGAGCUGUGCUUCCCCCACAGAGACUCGUCCAACCCUCACAUCAUGGAGAACAGGUUCCCCGGGCCGCUGAGGCAGCUCCGACGCCUCACCAGGCUCAACGUUUGCCCCAACUACACCAUCUCUUACCACGUGGAGACAGAGUCGCCUGCGCCGUUCGCUGUGGACGACAACACCACUGAGCUGGUGGUGACGGCUCCUCUGGACCGAGAGGAGAGCGAACGCUACAGACUCCUGCUGGUCUGCACGGUCCGCUCAGAGACCUUCGUCACCAAAGUGGAGACCUCGCUGGACGUCUUUGUCAACGACGAGGACGACAACGCUCCAUACGUGAACGGCACCGACACGGCAGACGUGGUCAUCAGCUUUAAUCGGACCAAGGGCGGCUCCUUUGGCACCUUGUUCGUCUUUGACAGGGACUUAACUCCCAUCUAUCCCAUCGACCUAUCGCACAACAAGUACGUGGGGACGAUGCUGGGUGCGGAUACGUGGACCAAAGAGACAUUCAACAUCAAAGCAAGCUUCAGUGAGAAGAAGGAUGCAACCAAAGGGAUCCGAGAGACAGUCCACGACUUCCAGCUUGUCCUGAAGAGGAGCUUGAACGUGUCGGAGAACCGAACAGUGCAGCUGGACUUCCUGGUGAACGACACCUCCUACCCCGGACUGGAAGGAACCGUGCUGCUGCACUUCAACAUCACCAUCCUUCCAGUGCAGAUUCAGUUUUCCAACAUCACGCACAUAUUCACGCUGACACGCAGAGCUUCGCUCUAUGCCCAGGUGGGGCGCAUGUGCGUGGAGAACUGCCAGCAGUUCGAUGGCUUCGUGGUCACGUACCAGUUCAGGCUGCCUGAGAAGAACCUGACCGCCGAGGAGCAGUUGUGCCACUCGGCCAUCGGCAUCACGCAAGCCCCGGAUGAGACGUGGGGGGUGCUGUAUGUGAACGACUCCGAGGCGCUGCGGCGGCCGGAGUGUCAGGACCUGCAGUACGUGGUGGUCGCUCAGGAGGAGCAGACUCAACUGGAAGCCAGUACUCAGAUCCAAAUCAUCCUGGAUAGUGAAGUGAGCAAGGCGAGCCCGGAGAAACCACAGUUCCUGUCGUGUGCGGAGAACAGACGGCGAGGAGACUGCGAGUCGGCCCGAGGCCUGGGGGCCACGACGGGGCGCUGCCAGUGGAGGCAAGGGACUGAGAACGGAAUAUCAAGGAACUACUCCACCUGCUCUCCUGACCUGCGCACGUGUCCCGACAGCUUCUGUGACGCUGUGGAAAGCAAAGAUCCAGCGAUAUGUCCUCAGGACUGCACCAAGGAGUUAGUUAUCGGUGGUCACGAGCGAGGCCUGAGGAACGGCAUCCAGGCUGGAUACGGGACGUGCUACUGUUACUCAGAGAAAUGCUUCUGUGAGAAGGAAGACAUCGAGGAGGCCAUCUGCGACGACAUGUGUAAAACCGUCAUCGCCACCGCGCUGCUGCUCUCCUUCAUCGUGUCCAUCCUCCUCUCCUCAUACUUCAUCCACCGCUAUCACAAGAACUCGCCCAAACCGCCCAUCGCCUCGGCCGAGAUGACCUUCCGCCGACCUGCCCAGGCGUAUCCCAUCAGCUUCCCCGUCAACAACCUGCGCAGAGGCUCGCAGGAGUCCAUUGAGACGGACACCUUCAAGAUUCCUGAGGAUCCUAAGUGGGAGUUUCCUCGUAAAAACCUGGUCCUUGGCAAGACUUUGGGUGAAGGAGAGUUUGGGAAGGUUGUCAAGGCGACAGCCUUCAGGCUGAAAGGAAAGGCCGGUUACACCACGGUGGCUGUGAAGAUGCUCAAAGAGAAUGCCUCGCACAGCGAGCUGAGGGAUCUGCUGUCUGAGUUCACGCUACUGAAGCAGGUCAACCACCCACACGUCAUCAAGAUGUUCGGCGCCUGCAGCCAGGAGGGACCUUUGUAUCUGAUCGUGGAGUACGCCAAGUUCGGCUCGCUGCGGAACUUCCUGCGUGAGAGUCGGAAAGUUGGCCCCAGCUUCAUGGGGAGGGACGCCAACCGCAACUCCAGCUACCUGGAGAAUCCAGACGAUAGAGCGCUCACCAUGGGGGACCUCAUCUCCUUCGCCUGGCAGAUAUCCAGAGGCAUGCAGUACCUCGCCGAGAUGAAGCUGGUUCACAGGGACCUCGCUGCCAGGAACGUCUUGGUCGCAGAAGGAAGGAAGAUGAAGAUUUCAGAUUUCGGCCUCUCCAGAGACGUUUAUGAGGAGGACUCUUACGUGAAGAGGAGCAAGGGCCGGAUACCAGUGAAGUGGAUGGCCAUAGAGUCCUUGUUCGAUCACAUUUACACCACGCAAAGUGACGUUUGGUCAUUCGGUGUGCUGUUGUGGGAGAUUGUGACCUUGGGGGGCAACCCGUACCCCGGGAUCGCUCCUGAACGCCUCUUCAACCUCCUGAAAACCGGCUACAGGAUGGAGAGACCAGAGAACUGUUCAGAGGAAAUGUACAGCCUCAUGCUCCGGUGCUGGAAACAGGAGUCAGACAAGAGGCCCACGUUCUCAGACAUCAGCAAAGAACUGGAGAAGAUGAUGGUGAAAAGUCGGGAUUACCUGGACUUGGCAGCGUCCACUCCGGCCGACGCCCUGCUGUACGACGACGCUCUCUCUGAAGAGGACACGCCACUAGUGGACUGUAAUAACGCCCCUCUCCCUCGAACCCUCCCCUCCACAUGGAUUGAAAACAAGCUCUAUGGCAUGUCAUACCCGAACUGGCCCGAGAAGAGCCCGGUACCGCUCCACAGACACGAUGCCACUAAUCCGGUCUUUACAAGAUAUGCCAAUGAUAGUGUUUAUGCAAACUGGAUGGCUUUGCCUUCACCCCCUAAAGCUGUGGACAAGCUCGAUAGCUAAAGACACCGUAGCCGCUAGAUGUGUAUAUUUCUACCAGACAGUGUAAAUACAAUCUGAUGCUAAAGUUGGUUCCCUUCUCUUUCUGUCGGUUGGAUCCACUCAGACCCGGCUUCAUUCAGUAUGUUAACUGUUACCUCACGGUCAUGUUGGCCAAGCUGUAUCACUGCAUGACUCUUGUACCAGAUUGUAUGUCAGUGUCGAUGUCUUUAAGUGCCUGUGCCGCUUCGACGAUAGCCUCCGACUAUUAACGUGCUACUGUGAAGACUCCAGCCCAGGAAUGAAAGGGGACAACCUUAACAUCAUGGACCGCGCGGGGGGGUGAAACGGCUGUAAAGUUUCUAUAUGUGAAAGACUGUCCUUCCUCCUGACUUUCUGUUCGCUCCCCACGAGACCUUUGAGACUCUCCAGAGAAAGCUUUCUGUUUUUCUAUGUCAGUGACCAUCUCCAGUCCAGGUCCUGCUCCAGUCCACUUUUUUUCACUCUGCAUAGCCGUUGCCAGUGGGGAAGCGUUCUGUAAUGACUCAUGUUCUCAUUGCUCUGUUGUUCUUUGGAUUAUGUUAAUAAACUGUACAAACAUG